UUAACCCAAGGGAUGCGCAAUCGCGGUUCGUGCUGUUUGUCCUCAACUCGCCGCCGUCCUACGCACGCCUCUGAUUGGUCAAUAGGCGGCCCAUGACGCACCCAUAGUCGUCUGAGGAACGUUCAUCGGGUCACAGUCAACAUGAGCCUGAGAAAGCAGACCCCGAGUGACUUUCUGAAGCAGAUAAUUGGAAGACCUGUUGUGGUGAAACUGAACUCUGGCGUGGAUUACAGAGGUGUCCUGGCCUGCCUGGAUGGCUACAUGAACAUUGCCAUCGAGCAAACUGAGGAGUAUGUCAAUGGACAGCUCAAAAACAAGUAUGGAGAUGCUUUUCUAAGAGGGAACAAUGUUCUUUACAUCAGCACUCAGAAGAGAAAAGUGUAGUGACGAUCAUGGCUUUGUUUUCAUUUUUAUUUUUCAGCGUUGAUGUGCCAGUGGACAACUGUCAUUUUUUUGUUAUGUAAAAUCUGAAGUCCUGAAGAAUGUUUGUUUUUGUAAAAGUGAAAUAAGUUAAUAAAUUGAAAAAUUUGA